GUUCAUAUCACGUGGAGUCAUUGGGGUUACACGUGUAGCCACACGUGCGAGUUUGCUUGAUGAUAAUCAACUCGCAAUUUAAAGCUGAAGCAGUUUCCAGGAAAAGUGGAAAACCUUGAAACUAAAGAACUUCAAACAGACAACAAUGGGUCAAUCUUGUUUCUUCAAAGUUCUUCUUGUUUCCUCUCUGUUACUACUGAUCUUCUUCUCCACUGCCAUGGGGAGAAACCUGCGAACUGCAAAGUUGUCAGAAGUUUACAGUACUGUUGAUCUAUUUUCUUUCAAGGAAGGAAUUGUGCGGAAGACGAUGGAGCUGAUGGAUUACCAACCGCCGGAGUCUAACACCAACUGGAGUGGUUUCGUCGCCUCUCCUCCUCCCCAAUCUCCUCCACUUUCAUAAUUUCCCAAAAAACGACAAAUAACUCGUUUUCAGUUUUUUUCUUCUUUCGAAAACAAAAUGGUCUGAUAUAUGAUUUUCCGCAAUAAAUAACAAUAUCUAAUUUGACAAUUCUAUAUCAUGACAAGUUAAGUUUUGUGAGUUUUUUACUCUCUUAAUUGUGGAAAUUAAUUAUGAGUUCAAAUGGUAACAUAUUUGUUU